AUGGCGCAACCGGCUGUUCCCCUGACAGAGCUGGAUUACAUGUCGAGUGAUGAAGUCGAUUUUCGAGCGGCAGUUCCAUUGACAGAAUUGGAAAACAUUGCCAGUGGAGUUGUUUACAUUCCGGACGAUUUUUUAAGUCGAUCCAACAAGAGUGAUGGUCCUCCAUGCUACAAGAGUAGGAAGAAUGACUCGUCAAUGCCAUUUUCAAUAGGGGAAGGAUCCGAGUCAGGACAUGGUAGUCUGUUAGAUGACGACGACGACGACGAGGAUGGAUCCGAAAAUGUAUCAGUUUCAUGGAGUUUUCGGAGGUCCCACAAGAGUGGGAAUUCCAGGUUCACAGGGGCCACAAUGCAAAAGUCUGAAAAGAACAAGAGAAAGGUAGAAGAGGUGAAACAAGAACUCAAAAUCAACAAGCUGAAUUACGACAUUGAUGUUGUGGGGCGUGAGAAAGAAAUCAGUACCCUUGAGACUUGUAUAGAUCGAUUUGUAGCACGAAGGAAACCAACCAACGAUGAUGAUUCCCCAAGAAACAAGGAGCUGAUUAUCAUCAAAGGAUACUCUGGUGUCGGAAAGACUCGAUUGGUAGACCCAAUACGGAAACUGAUACGAAAGCAUCCGUCGGGGUGCACCACGCAGGGGAAUUACACCAUGAAUCGAUAUGGUGAACCAUACUCUGGCAUUGCGGAUGCCUUUGGGAAUCUGAUCCGUGCGAUCAAGAACAAGCAGACGCACAUCCAAGAGGAAGACAUUGCAGGUAUUGGGAAUGAAGUCGUAAACGAAUUGGGUUCCUCCAUUCAGUCUUUGGUGGAUCUGAUACCUGAGUUGGAAACGAUAACAAUGUUUGCUUUCACGCCGGACAGUGCAUCUGUGGCCCAGGGAACUGUACACACCACUGACGGAAGUGAUUUUGCAGCAGAUGUUCAACGAAUGAAACAUGCCUUUCGCACCCUGACGAGAGCUCUUUGCUCACGUAUUGGACCAUUUGUAUUGGUUUUGGAUGGCUUACAAUGGGCUGAUGCAGCCUCGUUGCGCACCAUUGAUUUUCUUCUUUCCGACACGCAAAAUACGAAUGGAUUGGUUAUUGUUGGACUCUAUAGGUCCAAUGAAGUCGACUUGUCACACCCUCUGGCACAGACGAUCGAUGACUUUCAUCGGAAAACAGAGACCUUUCAAUUCAACAUGACACAAAUCGAGCUGCAACCACUUCAAAAGACUGACAUCAACAAGAUAAUCAUGGCAAUGCUGUCGAUUGACAACGAAGACACCACGAGUGGAUUGUCUGACAUUUGCGCUCGACGGACGUUGGGUAACCCAUUCUUUGUGAUUGAAUUCAUUACAAUGCUGGAACUGGAAGGCCUUCUGUCAUUCAAUUUGGGUCUGCUCAAAUGGGUUUGGGAAGAAAAGAAGAUUGAGAAAGAGACAAUGUCAUCUUCCAACGUCGUAGAUUUACUGCAGGCCAGAAUGGAAAAAAUGUCCGAGGCAUUGCAACUCUUGCUUCAAUUUGCAUCCUGUUUGGGGUCUCCUUUUAAGACAUUCGUUCUAGAUACGAUUUGGGAAAAGCUGGGCAUAGUCAGCGGUGACUCACCAACGGAUGUCACUUCGCUUCUUCGACGUCUGCAAGCAGAGAAUUUCAUUGAAAGUGUUGAUGAAGAAUCCUAUAGAUGGGUGCACGACAAAGUCCAAGAGGCUGCAUUGAUGCUGGGCGACGCUUCAGAGGACUCCUUUCAAUUCAACCUCGGCGUGACCUUGUACAGUAGCCUGCAACCAAAAGAAAUGGACGAAGUACUCUUUGAUGCUGUCAAUCUCCUGAACCAAGGACGGUCGCAAACGAGGCCGGAGUUUGCAAAAUUGAACUUGAAGGCUGCAUUGAAGGCCCGAAGUACAAGCGGAUUUCAGAGUGCAGCUACCUAUGUGCAAGCCGGCAUUCGACAACUUCCAGAUGACAUGUGGAGCUCGAAUCGCGAUUUGACGCUCAAAUUGUAUUCACUGGGAGCGGAAAUGGAGGUUGCCUUGGGACAUGAUAAAGUCAUGGAAGAAUACAUCGAGGAGGUGCUGUCGCAACCUGAUUUAUCUUCCAUAGAGAAGUUACCUGUCUACGUGGCCAAAUCGAUUAAGCUCUGCAACGUGGAUCUGAAGCACCAAGCAACAAUAGACUUGUGUCUCGAUGUACUGAAGGAACUUGGAUCUCCAAUAACGACAGGGAUUCUACCCUUUUCUGCCAAGGCAAUUUACACUCUUAUCAAGACAGUCAAGGCAACGAAGAAAAGACCAUUAUCUUCCUACGAGAAUCCCAAAGUAACGAACGACAAGAGGCUGCGAGCAGUCAUGCUGUUCCUUUCGAGAAUAUUCUAUGCCAGCUACUUCACUUCGAAUAGUUCCCUGCUCUUGCUCUCAGCCUGCAAGAUGGUAGACAUAUCUUUGGUACACGGUGUGUCACCACUGUCUGGUCAAGCCUUUGCUUCUUUGGGUAUGGUCGUAAUCAGUGUCAUGAAGGAUUACAAGACAAGCACAGACUUGGCGCAAGCUGGGUUGCUGAUUCAAAAAUCCUUUCGAACCAAGCACACCCAAUGCCAGACUAUCUUUUUGUCUCAAACCUACAUUCUCUGCUGGACCAAGCCGCUGCAAUCAUGCCAACGCGCUGUUGAAACCGCCCAUUCUUUAGUGUUUGACUACGAUGGAGGAGCCAUGUGA